GGGCUGGCGGCGGGGCUGCUGGCGGCGGCGGCCGUGGCGCUGCUGCUGGACUGGUACGGGCCGGCGGGGGCGCCGCCAGCUCUGGGGCAGCGCCGCCGCUGGGCCCCGCAGCCCGCGCCAGGGGCCGCCGCCGACAGACUGCUGUGGGUCGUGCAGGUGUCAGAUAUUCAUAUCAGCAAAUUUCAGGAUCCCAAACGAGCUCCUGACUUUGAAAAAUUCUGUUCUGAAACAAUUGAUGUAAUUCAGCCAGCACUUGUUCUAGCAACAGGUGAUCUGACAGAUGCUAAGACAAGAGAUAAACUGGGAUCUGAGCAGGUAGAAGAUGAGUGGAAAACUUACCAGACAAUCCUGAAGAGAUCAAGGGUCAUGAAAAAAACCAAGUGGAUAGACAUCAAAGGGAAUCAUGAUGCAUUCAACAUUCCACGCCUGGACAGCGUUCAGAAUUAUUACAGGAAAUACUCUGCCUGGCGUAAAGAUGGCUCUUUCCAUUACAUGCACACUACCUCUUUUGGGAACUAUUCAUUCAUCUGYGUGGAUGCAACACUCAGCCCAGGCCCUAAGAGACCCUAUAAUUUUUUUGGGAUUUUAAACAUGAAUCAAAUGGCAGAGCUGUCUUUGAUGGCAACAGAAAGUCUGCACAGCAACCACACAAUCUGGUUUGGCCAUUAUCCCACCUCAACAAUCAUCUCCCCAUCCCCUGGAAUACGAACAUUAAUGAGUUCUGCCACAGCCUAUUUAUGUGGACAUCUCCAUACAAUGGCWGGGCUGAUGCCAGUCUUGCACAGUCAACACCGUGGUGGCACUCUGGAACUCGAAUUGGGAGACUGGAUGGAUAACAGGAGGUACCGUAUCCUUGCAUUUGAUCACGACCUCCUGAGUUUUGCAGAUCUUAUCUUUGAAGAGUGGCCUGUAGUUCUCAUCACCAAUCCCAAAUCACUCCUUUACAGCAGUUCUAYUCAUGAACCACUGGUCAAAAUUCUUCAUUCUACUCAUAUCAGAAUUCUGGCAUUCUCUCCUUCUGUCAUUAUCUCUGUCAAAGUCUACAUAGAUGGAGUUCACCUGGGGAAUGCACAUCGGGUGUCUGGCCCUCUCUAUGUGCUGAAGUGGAGCCCACAAAACUACAGUGAAGGGUUCCAUCACAUAGAUGUGACUGUCCAGGAUGCYUCAGGAAGAAUUGGCACACGGGGCCAUGUAUUUGCUAUGGAAGAAAACCUCUCUCUUAGAUUUGGCUUUUGGCCAUCUGUUAUUCUUCUCACUGACCACUAUGUUCUAGCUCGUGUGCUCUUUGGRCUGAUUGUGCUGCUUCAGAUCACCUUGCUUGUUGUUUUCAGAUACCUCCAAAAGCCAACACUCAAAGAAAAGCCAGGAUUACUUACUCUGACUUCGUAUUCCCUUCAUGUCUUCAGUAAAACAAACACCUUCUAUUACUCAAUUCUGCUUCUGAAUUUAUACACCCUUCUGGGACCAUGGUUUGUAGGUGAGCUGGUAGAUGGCCAGAUGGGGGCCUGUUUUUCCUUUGGGCUGUUUGUCGGUGGUUCCUUCUUACAGGGCAGCAUAACGUUUGUCGUUGGGAUUUUACAGAUGAUGUUUUUCAACCUGCCGUUGAUGGCCUAUCUGUGCUGGUGCCUGUUGCUGCGAUGCCAGGGCCACAGCUUCCGUUCCCAUGUCCGUCAYGUCCGAUGCCUCGUGGCUGUGCUUGUUCACCUGGCAAUGGCGCUGCUCCUGGCCUGGCAGGUCUAUUCCUGCUAUUUCCUGCUGCGAACAUACGGCACCUUGGCAUUCUUCCUGUCCCCAAUGAGAACAUGGCUGGUGGCACUGACCUCAGCUCUGAUUUAUAAAACCUGGACACUGAAAUCAUCAGAGCUCAGAACUUAUAUWGUAGAGAUGAAAAACUGUCAGAGCUCCUGAAGUACAAUGUAAGUGCUCCAAGUUCUGUCUUAAAAACUGUCAAGGUACAAGCUAUCAUUUUGUGAUGCUGGAAUUCCGUACAGCCCAACCAUGAGGUGGUGAGAUCCAAAGAUGCACCUGCAAUGCUACAGAAUUGUAUUAAAUAGUUAAUGUGCAAUGAUAUGUAAUACAUACUUCUCUUCUAUAUUAGUUGUAUAAUACAGUUACACAUUAUACAUCAAUACAGUAAACUGUAUAAUAAUCCCUUCAAUGAGGUUUUUUUAGUGAUACAGAGAUAGAUAUGUCCAUACGGCACACAAAUGGAAAUGUUUGCCUAUUACUACUGUGAAUGAAAAAUACUUUUAUUUAAAUAAAUCCUUGAUUUUUAUAAUGCUGGGAAAAAUGAGCAAAGAACUUGAUGAGCUUCUGGAUCUGUGCUUAACGUUGAUUUUAUUUCAGGGUUGACAUGUUUUUACAAGACUAGACCAAAUGUCUUUAUGAAGUGAUAGUGAUUUCAAAGGUGCUAUAGUGGCCUUCACAGUCACAGUCCUAUGCCUAUAUACUUUUACAGUUCAUAAUGCUACAUAGGAGCAGAUUAUAGGCUGUUAGUUKUGUGUAUGUAUUUGUGUUCAUGUUUGCCUGAGCUGUGGCCUAUUGCUCUUUUCCUUGGAGUGCUGGCUAAUGAACAAAUGCACUCAUGGGAAGGAAGGAGUUUCAUUUUCCACUACUGAGGUUGCCAAUUCUCCCACACAUGACCUGUUAAAAGACAGUGAAUUAUCAGUGRUGCUGGGGUCUUCAGCUUUAAAGCAAAGAAUGGACACAAUGUCCUCAGGAUGGGAGAGGCUGAAGGAAGAAAAUGGUCUGAUGCCUAUCAAGUCUGUAAUUGAGCUUAUCAGGGUUGUGUUUCUGGGUCUCAAUCAAAUGYACCAAAGAGUGAUCUAAGAAAACUCAUUUCUUUGUUUUCAUCAUUUUUUUGUGUUCUUCAUUUUUUUCAAAGUCUAAAAAUGAUAGAACAGUUAGUUACAUUUAUSAAGAAUGCAAUGAUCCAGAGCCAAGAGAGCUGAGGUGCCUUGAUUUGCAAAGAACACUGUAUUGCUUCACAAAAGACCUGCUGUGAGUGGAACAUUAAAAUACUUCAGGUAAUUUUACAKUAACUUAUUUAUGGCUCCUCAAGAAAAAGGAGGACUAACUUAUUUAUGGCUCCUUAAGAAAAAAGAGUGGUAACUUAUUUAUGACACCUUUGGAAAAAAACAGUAGUGACUGUAGUAAAAUACACAGGAAAAUGAACUGGAAGAAAAUACUGACUACGACAAAGGCUUUCUGUUAUUUCUAAAAAGCRACAGUUUUCAUAUUCCUUAAUUUCUGUUCUUCAAUGAUUAAUGAUGUAAUAGGAAAAAGAGAGAGAGCACCAAUUUACAUAAGUUAUAUACACYGUUAAGAGAAUGCAGAAUGUUAUUUGUUGCUACCAAAGUUUGUUUUGCAAAGCUGUUAGAAAAUCAGAGACAGGGAGCAAAAUUUAUUAGUAAGAAACACUACUGAAAAACUGAUAAUAAAAUGACAUUUCACAAUUAAAUUUCUUCUAUGUGAUUAGAGACCACAAGAAGUCGCAAUAAAAUAYUUCAUAUCUAUACCCCAUAACAAGACUGUUCUGAAAUGAGACUUUUUGUUGUGGUAUUAGCAGUUGAUUGCUGUAAUCAGAUGUCAAUGUAAUCAUAUGUCUGUGGACUUAAAAAUCUUACAGUCUGUCAAAUACUUUUUGGCUCCAUGGGAUGUGUUUGGUAGAUGAACGGAAUUCUGCUAAAAAUCUCUCUGUUCUGUUUUUACUGUGGCAAGCAAAGAUGUUUGCUUGUAGAUGCAUUAUCCCUGGCUCCAACAGCCCAAAUAAAAACCACACGCUCCUAACCUGGUUGAUAUGUGAA